AUUAAGUUGACAAUACUAUCAGAUUUUUAUCUCAAUUACAACCUUCAUGUCUACAUUUUUCAGUAAACCGGGAAAAUACAAACGCAAUUAGCGUUCAGAUUGCAAACAAACAUCGAGGAACGAUAUACACGUUUAAAAAUAGUAAAGCCUCGCUAGUGCAUUGUGGGUAAACCUGGAAAUGGCUUCGCAAGAUGCAGCAGUCACUGUCGUUACGAAGCAAGCACUGCAAAAAGGUCAUCGCUUUGGACCCUACAAAGGCAGAUUGAGGUCGGUAGACAUUGACGAUGAUGUCCCAUUUGGCGCCUGGAAGAUCUAUCCUAAAGAUGAGAACGAUAAGACCUACAUUCUCUCCAGCCAGGAUCCUAACCUGCCACGCUGGCUUCACUUCAUCAAAAUCACCAAGGAAGAAGAUGAGUGUAACAUCACCCUUGUGCAAGUUGGCUUCCGGUAUUUCUUUGAGAUGACCAAAGAUGUUUCAGAAGGAGUUGAGUAUGUUCUCCGAGGCUGGCGUUCUGAAAAACCGACCGAGGAAGCAGAUGAGUCAGUGUACAAGCCCCCUCUUCCUGGAAAGAAGAGGGGCAGAAAGCCCAGAAAACAGUUAACACCAGAAGAGCUUCAGGCCCGCGAAGAACAAAAACAGAAAGAGUUGGAUGAGCGUGUACGCAGGGUAUCCACCCGUGACCGCAGCAGGCGCUGCGUGGAAUGCGGCGAGAAAUUCACCUCCGGGGUGCUGUUCAUGAGGCACAGGGGCAAAUGUGGGGUUCUGAAGGAGGAAGAUCUACUUACUGAGUCUUCUGAAGGUGAAGAAAACACAGAUGAUGAAGAAGAGAAGGAGCCAACGAGUGAGGAUGUAGAGGAAGGCAAGGAUGCAGAAGACAUCGGGGUCCUACUGGAGGCAGAUGAUGGCGAAGCUGAUGAGGCGGAGGGAGAGGGGGAGGGGGAAGGAGAGGAAAACGUUCAACAGCUCGGAGAAGCCGUCGACCAACUAAUCGCCGGGAUGGAAGCUGCCGACAGAGAGGAGAAUGAUAGUGUCCUGGCCGACGGAACGGAGGGAGAGCCAAUGAUCCUGAAUCCGCUCCUUCAAGAGAUUGGAUCUGAGGAAGCAGCAGCCGCAGCUGCAUCCGCAGCGUUACCGCUGCCAGUCAAGCGGCCACGCGGUCGACCACGAAAGGAUGGCCGCCCGCCAAUCCAACGCAAGAAGCGAGGUCGGAAGCGCCGCCGGAAACGCCGACGCUUUAAUGAUGACGACAAUGAUGUAGACCAUCAACCAGCAAAACAGGUCAAGGAUGAGUGUAUUCCCACCGUGCCAGACCCAGAAAGGUUCCCCUUCUCCUGUGAGACCUGCCAGAAAGUCUUCCCCACCAAGAGCUGGUUCGACUUCCACAUAGAACAGCACUCCCAGCCUGGACUGACAUACCUGGUCUGCAACCUGUGCGACAUGGCCUUCCGUUAUCUGACGGAGCACACCUGGCAUAUGGAGGAGGUUCAUCAACUGGGGAAGCGGGACCAGGUCCUGUCGGAGAAGUUUCGGUGCGACGCCUGCAAGAAGGCCUUCCGUUCCCCCAUCCAUAUGGAGAGACACAGGCGAAGAGCAGCUGCUGAAGAACCCUUGCCCAAGGGGCCGGUCCAAAUCAAGUGCAAAUUCUGCGAGAAGAGUUUCUCGAUAGAAAUCGGCCUGGAGAACCACACGGAGAAGUUCCAUCCAGAUUACCAGCGAUACCAGUGCACAGAAAACGACUGCUUGGUCACAUUCCCCACAAAAGAGGAAAGAGCAGAGCAUCUUGAGACAGAUCACAUGACUGACCCACGUCGGAUCUACAAGUGUCCGGUGGACCAAUGCUACAAAGCCUAUACCACCAUGGCAGCAUUGAACUACCAUUAUGAGCUCAGACACACAGGGGCAAGUCGGCCUUUCCAGUGUGAGAUAUGCGGCAAGCGGUGGGUGAAGAUUGGCAAGCUGCGAGAGCACUUGAAGACACACAGCACAGAGAAGAACGAGCUGUGUGACAUCUGUGGUAAAGCCUACAAGUCACGGCCUGAACUGAAAGACCAUCGAAUCGAAGUACACACCGAAGGAGGCAAGAUCAAGCUGCAAUGUCGUUUCUGCCCGGCUCACUUCAGCCGGAGGAGUUCGCGCUCGUACCACGAGAAACGCCACAAGAACGAUUUUCCAUACGUCUGCCCUAAACCGGGCUGCAAGAAACGCUUCAUUGCUGUGAUUGACUUCAAGCGUCAUUUGAUCUACCACACAGGUGCCAAGCUGUACCGCUGUCGCUUCUGCGGCAACUGCUUCACCCGCAGUGACUACCUCAAGAGCCAUGAGAAGAAACACCAUCUGAGAGGGGAGAAGCUCAUCCCAGGCCCAGCCAUCGAAGAGACUGUCACUAUUAAGGUUCCAUGGCCAAUGGAGAAAGGGGUCAAAGUUCAUGGUCAGAACGUGGUGGUGAUCAUCGAGCCAGACCCAGCGCUGGCUGAGGGUCGUCUGACAGAGGAAGCCAUUUCAGCCUUGGAAUCUCUGCAUGAAGGGGACGGGAACCAGGCACCUGUGCAGCUAAUGACGGAUUCGUCAGGUCAACACAUUAUUACAUCUAUCACAGAGGUAGCCACGCCCAGCACAGACAUCCUACAACAGGCUGCUGUAGAGGCAAUGCAGGAGGAGACUCAAGAGCAGCCCAUACAGCUGCUGCAGUUCCAGUCCAACCCCCAAUCCACCAUCAGCUACGUCCAAGGCGACGCCAGCAACUCGGCCACGGCCGCCAUGCAAGAGGCCGUCUUCCAAGCCAUGAACUCCCAGCAGCAGCAGCAACAGCAGCAGCAGCAGCAGGUUGGGCCCACCCAGAUACUGCUGCAGAGCGGCGACGGUGACGAGACCACAGCGGCGUUCCUGCAGCAGGCCCUUGGCGGCGAGGCCCAGAUCAUGCAGACCACCAGCAGCGAGCAGGCAGCGCUCAUGCUGCAGCAGUUAGCGGCCAGCGGUGCCCAAGUGGUCUUCCAGCCCACGGAGGGCAUCAACAAUGGCACUACCACAAUGCAGGCUACAUUAGAAGGUGAGAAUGGUGAGACCAGUAUCGUCAUGGUGAACCUGGGCCCAGACAUGAUGACCGAGGUCAACGGGUCAACGACCUCAACCAUCUCCAUCCCGGUCAUGACCUCUGACCCCAUAUCAGCCACCACAGAGAUGACAAGCACGGAGGUCGACGGCACGGUGUCCACGAUAUCAAUACCCAUCAUGACCACCGAACAUAUGACGAACCCAAAUGCCGAGGAGGAGACGAACGCGGAGAUGGAAAGUCAAACCAUGGAGACAACUGAUGGCACGAUGGCCCAUGACCUCGUGAACUCUGACCCAACGCAGGAUCUGGCCAUGGAAGCAGUCGUUCCUGAGAGCGAUGAGCAGCAAGAGGAAGUUGUCAUGGAUACAGAGAUGCAAGCCGUUGUUGAGCAAUUGGAAAGAGGAGAGAUAGUGACUGCCGACGAAGUCGUUGAAGUCUGAUUUUCCAUACAGAGACAAACAUAAUUAAUACUUUUCCUUCCAAAAAAUUGGUUUAAAGCGCAAUGACCAAAGUGAGGCCAGUAGUUUAAUAUACCUGGAUCAAAUUCCACGGUUCUGCUAACUUCUGAAUUCCGCACUCAGUAUUUAAGUGAAUAUGGAAGUGCUCGAAUCCACUUUCCAUAGAUGCGUGUGUUAAUGUCAGGAACAGCCAAGAAAUUCAGACGCAGCCCGACUCCUUAAAGAUAUAGUCCAUCAUUUGUAAUUUGUGCAUUUUGUUCGUUUGAAGCAACAAAAGUGUUCA